CACUGGAGACAUGGACACAUUUCAGACUGGAACCAGUCCAACAUGUUGGACCUUCAUCCAGUCAGAGAAAAUGUCCUCAGAGCUGCUGCUGCUGUCUGUCCAACUCAUCUUGUCCUUUGUUGUCUCUCAGUCCCACAGGUGGAGGUGGAGUCAGGAGAGAAGUCUGUCCUGCUGCCCUGGAGAACCAGAGAUAAACUGCCUGGAGAUGCUAGAGUGGAGUGGAAGGACAGGAGGGACAGGAAGGUCCAUGUGUUUAAAAACGGUCCUGAUCAGCCUGGAGAACAGAACCAGAUCUACAGAACCAGAACCAAGAUGAAUGAAGACCUGCUGAGAACUGGAGACCUCAGUCUGACUCUGAGAGACCCAACUUAUGGAGACAGUGGGACCUUCACCUGCAGAGUCUACAGAAAGAAGGGGGACAUCCUGAUGAAGAAAGAAGUUCAUCUAAAGGUCAAAGUCCCACAGGUGGAGGUGGAGGAGGGGGAGGAGUCUGUCCUGCUGCCCUGCAGAACCAGACCACUACUGCCUGGAGAUGCUAGAGUGGAGUGGAAGGAUGGAGAAAAUGAUACAGUCCAUGUAUAUAAGAAAGUUUCUGAUCCUCCUGAAGAACAGGAUGAGUUCUACAGCAAAAGAACCAAGAUGAAUGAAGACCUGCUGAGAACUGGAGACCUCAGUCUGACUCUGAGAUACCCAACAGAUAAAGACAGUAACAUCUUCACCUGCAGAGUCUACAGCAAUGAGAGAAACAUCCUGAUGAAGAAACAAGUUCAGCUAAAGGUCAAAGAGCAUCAGGUGGUGGUGAAGGAGGGGGCGGAUUCUGUCACACUGCCAUUCAGGACAACGCCUGAUCUGCCAGGAGAAACUGUGGUGAGGUGGUGGGACAAAAAAGACAACGUGGUCUAUGUCUAUAAGAAUGGUAAAGAUGAGGAAGAAGAACGAGACAAGGACUACAGAGGGAGAGCCAAGAUGAAAGAUGACCUACUGAAAACUGGAGACCUCAGUCUGACUCUGAUUAAGCCCACAAAGAAAGACAGUGGAAGGUACUAUUGUGGAGUCCACCACCAGAACAUCAGGAGAAAGGCAAUAGUUCAUCUUAAAGUCAAAGCUGUGGACGAAGUAGACCGACCUCAGAACCAACCAGAGGACAUCGGGACCAGAACCACUAAUAAAACUCCUCUGCUGGCUGAAGAAGCAGUCUGAUCAGUUCAUUGAUCCGUCUUUGAUCCCUGAUCCAAUCAGACUUUGGAGCAGAGAGAAGAUCUCAGUGAAGGUUCUGGUGGAUGAAGAGAGACACUGGAUCCAGUCUGUGACUCUGUAUUGAUCAGUAUUGAUGAUUGAGGACUGGAAGCAUUUCAGGUAGAAGAAUCAGAACCAAACUGGGUUUAAAGCAUCAGGUGGACGUUUCCACUGAUAGAACAGAACCAUUGGA